AGUGGCGUCUGAUCACCGCUAAUUAUCAAUGGCGCGAUGACGCGACGCCGUACUACAAAUGGCGGGCAAAGAAACAGCUGUUUAUGUCACCGCUGGCUCGACAUCUAGCGGAGCGCGGGCGCGAUCGGGCACGCGUCGGCGACGAUGUCGACGUAGAGUACGUCGUGGGGAGGAGACGCGUAGACGAGGAAUAAGGAGAAGAACCGAGACGGCAGUGCUCGCUGGUGAAUCGUCCAGGGGGAACAUGGCCGCCGGUUGCUGCGGCGCGAAGAAACAGAGGCUGGGCGGCGGCGUGGCGCCGAGCCUGUCAUCGUGCGACGGCACCGUCAUACGACACGGCGCCCCUCAUCCGAGGAAGCCGACGACGAUCGCCCAACCGGAAAUGGGUUUCUUCUGCUUCGACGUGCUCUAUUGCCAACUGCAUCAAUUGGAUCCGCCGAAAGCGCCCAACUUCAGCAACGAGGCGUUCCCAUUAUUUGUGACGUGGACAAUAGGAAAAGAUAUGAGAUUACGGGGUUGUAUCGGUACUUUUAAUGCGAUGCAUUUACAUGCUGGUCUACGCGAAUAUGCUACAACUAGCGCAUUCAAAGACUCUCGAUUUAAUCCCAUAACUCAAGACGAGCUGCCACGUUUGCACGUAAGCGUGUCGAUUUUGCGACAUUUUGAGGACGGAAUUGAUUAUUUAGAUUGGGAAGUGGGCGUGCAUGGAAUUCGCAUAGAGUUUCACAAUGAAAAGGGUAAUAAGCGAACGGCUACUUACUUGCCCAGCGUAGCUAUGGAGCAAGGAUGGGACCAGAUACAAACAAUAGAUUCUCUACUCCACAAGGGUGGCUUCAAAGGUCUAGUCACACCCGAUAUCCGUCGUAGCCUGAAACUGACUCGUUAUCAGAGCGAGGAAGUCACCGUGAGCUAUCAAGAUUACAUGACGCAUUUCAAUUCGUCUCAUUCGCAAAAUGAUAACACACGGUAUAAUUCCUUCGCAUCCGGUCGACAACACUCGCAGAUCGUGACACAGCCUAAUCGUUCGACGUUUAUACAUCCGUUACCCCUGCCCCCAAUUUCCCCAGUUAUAGUACCGAUACGCAAUAGUCCACCCUUCUGGUGGGAUAACGCAGGUCCGUCCUAUCCGCCUGCGCCACUUUACCCUCGACCAGCAUAUCGCUUUUCGACGCAGGAAAACACGGAACGUGGGGUACGUAAACGAAAAGAGAGAAAUAUGGCUGCCGGCUGUUGCGGUACGAAAAAGCAAAAGCUGAACAACAACUCCGCGGGUGCACCGUGCAACGGCACAACGGUAUUGUCGAACGGUACGCGUAUACGUAAUACACCGAUCGUGCAACCCGAGAUGGGUUUCUACUGCUUCGAUGUCCUCUACUGCCAACUGCACCAACUUGACCCACCAAAACCGCCCAACUUCAGCAACGAAGCAUUUCCUCUGUUUGUAACAUGGACUAUUGGCAAAGAUAUGCGACUACGUGGCUGUAUUGGUACAUUCAAUGCCAUGCACUUACAUGCAGGACUUAGGGAAUAUGCUACUACUAGUGCUUUUAAAGAUUCGCGGUUUAAUCCUAUAACCCGAGAGGAACUUCCACGCUUACAUGUAAGCGUUUCUAUCCUGCGGCACUUUGAAGAUGGUGUGGAUUACUUAGAUUGGGAGAUAGGAGUCCAUGGGAUUCGCAUAGAGUUCCAUAAUGAAAAGGGCAAUAAGAGAACCGCUACUUACUUACCUGAUGUUGCAACUGAACAAGGUUGGGACCAGAUUCAAACAAUAGAUUCGCUAUUACAUAAGGGUGGUUACAAGGGCUUAGUUACACCAGAUAUUAGACGCAGUGUGAAACUGACUCGAUACCAGAGCGAGAAGAUUACUGUAAGCUAUCAAGACUACAUGACACAUUGGCAUAACCGAAGAUGCUAGCAGCUGGCUUGGGGUCCUAUUCAAGGGCCCCUACCUUGCCAAACUGCUGGCACAUUUUGUUACAAAAAUACUGUUGACACAGUUAAUGCAUCUUAUCCACAAUACAGUACUACUCAAUACAACUCCUUCAUGGCCAAUCAACAACAUACAUUCGUUAUGGUUCAGCCGAAUCACCCCACAUUCAUACAUACACUUCCAAUGCCACCGAUUCCUUCAGUUGUGGUACCUAUGCAGAAUUAUCCACCAUUUUAAUGGAAUUAUGUAUUGCAUCCUUCAGUGCACUAUAUUGUUAUUCUUUCAUAAACUUUUGUAAAGCAAAAAAAAAAUAAAUCAAAUGAAAGGCGUAAAAAAUAACACUGAAGGCGGCUAUUAUGUACAAUUUUCUAUUGCUCGAAUUGGUGCUUAUUUUAUUUUUAUUGUUCAAUAGCGUUUAUUCUAGUCUAUCUUUCACGAUUUUUCUGGCCCUUCUUGUACAAUAAUAUUCCUCAGAUAACGAAAAUGUACAAUUUUGAGUAUGGUGGCAAUGUUCUUCCAAAAUAGUAUUUGCUGUAAGCAUAAAUAAUAUUGGCUAGAUAUUUGUAUAAGAUAGAUUCUUGUUCUCGUAUUGUACAAUUUUAUGAUUGUUAAAUUGGAAAUAAUAAAAGUAAUCUAUUUGCGUGUGCAACAACGCAAGUUUAGUUUGCUGUUCAAUACUUAUCAUUUGAUAAUACAAUACCAAUCAAUAUAAUACUAUGUAAAUAGUAAGAUUAGCUUUGCCAUCAUGCUAGGACAUUUGACACUCAUUAACAUAUGGGAAACGAAUGGCGCAAAGAAUUUCGUAAUACACAUACAUAAUAUUGUUUAUGUAACUAAAAGUGACUAUAUUAGUCCAUCCAUUUGAUAAAUUCAUCAUCUGGUCAUUUGUUUACAUUGCCUGUGUCAUUAAAAGCAGAUUUAAAGUGUCAAUACAAUAUUCUGAUUUUCUUAAAAAUGGCCAAGUAUAUAUAUAUAUAUAGUGAUUUCAUCAGAGUUUCUAUAAAAGUUCUCUAAUUUCUGUAAAAUAAUACAAAUGUGCUCACGUCAUUUAAAGCUUAAAAGAAAUUAUUUACUUUCUUUCUUCAAGAUGUAAUCUUUAAUUAUACUUAACAUUUGAUACAAUAACACUUAACGUCUAUACAUAAUUUCUUUGCAUCAAUGGUAUAAAUAAAGAUUUUUCUUUUAAAAGAUUUUUUUAUUGAGUUAUUACUAAUUUAUUUUUGUGUGGACAUUGAUUUUUUUCUGUUUUUAAUAAUAUAUUCGGAUUGUGUUGUUUUUGAAAUAUAAAAGUGACAUUAAAUAAUAUUAAAUGUUGUAUAAACUUUUAAUGUUACAUAUUUAUACCAUUCCUACAAUGAAGUUUAAAGGCGUUUGAAUUAGUACAUUAGUUUAGAGUAGGCCAAAGUUUCAUUACAACAAAGGUUUCUUUAUAUUAAUAAUGCUAAUUAAAUUAUGAUUAACUUUUAACUAGAUUUUAAUAUUUUAAUACAUAUUUUUAAUGAAAUUUAAUUUGAAAAAAAAAACGUUAUUAAUAUAUUAUUUAUUAUAUAUUAAUAUAUUAUUUAUGUUUAACUGCUUUUAUAUCAGUAGAUGAAUAUAUUUGAUGAUCUAGCAUUAAACCUUUAAUGUAAAGAAACAAUGGACUACAUUAUACUAAUAAACAAAAAAAUAUUAAGUAUAGAUAUAAAAUAUAGAUUUAAGACAUACAUUAACGAAAAUGACGAUCUCAUUGUGAUGUUGAUUGCUGUAUAAAUCAUGGUGACGAUUCAUGUUCAUUAUGAUGACAUCAGGUAAAAUCUUUUUCCAACGCUUAAAGAUAAUAAAAUGAUACUAAAACUAACAAAACACGAUUAUAUAUAUUAUAGAUGUAUAAUUGGUUUAAAGAUAGAUAAUGUGUAUUUGAAGAAAAAUAGCAUGGAAAAAGGUGUACUGGAAUACAGAUAUCAGUGUACCAUAAAUGCAUGGUACAUUUAAUAGCAUUGUCACAUAUAAAUAGGAGUUUAGGAAUAUUUUAUAUUAAACUAUCAUGCUUUGUAGAUUCCAUGGCUAUGCGAUAGCUGGUUUCAUUCACUGCCAACAUAAUCAUUGUUGUAGAUAUUAUACAAAUCCUAUUCUCAAAAGAAUAAACAAAUCAGGUUGUUGUACUUUGGUUGAAUUGAUGCAUUAGCAUCUGGUGUGUUAUCUUUUAUAUAUAUUCUUAUUGCAUACACAUAUAGUUCCUGGGAUCUCCUUACUACUUGGGCCCUGUGUAACGUCCAGUAAACUGCCAGUAAUAUACUUAAUUCUAGAAUAGUUGGCAAAAUCAAAAUUGCUCUUAUCUGUGCCCAUAUUGACUUCCGAAACCUGAUCACA